UUUUGGAUUCAUCAAUUAGUCAUUUAGAUUUUUAAGAGAAGAUUGUAAAUUUGUAAUCAAAAGAUGCCUCGUGGAACUCUAGAAGUGAUUCUCAUUGGAGCAAAAGGCCUUCAUGACACUGAUUUUUUCACAGAGAAAAUGGAUCCCUAUGUGAUUCUGACUUAUAAAGCUCAGGAGCACAUAAGCAGUGUAGCCAAAAAUGCAGGAUCUAAUCCUCGUUGGAAUGAAAGCUUUCUUUUCACUGUUGCUGACAAUGUUGCUGAACUUAAUUUGAGGCUUAUGGAUAAAGAUAAAUUUACCAGAGAUGAUUUUCUUGGUGAAACAAUAAUUAAUUUGGGACCAGUUCUUGAGGAAUAUAGUGUGCCAGAAACUUCUUAUAAUGUUGUGAAAAAUCAGAAUUACCGUGGAGAAGUUCGUUUGGCUCUCACUUUUCAUCCAGAGGGUGGGUUUUACUGAGGUUUGGUAGGAGCAAAGUCAGAUUGGUGGAUGGAGAGAACUAGUGAAAGAUUAUGAGGGGAUCUAAGUGAGUGAGGGAAUAAUAAUUGGUAGUUAUACCAACAUUAAAAUAAUAAUUGGUAGUUGUACCAACAUUUCUUGAAUUGGGCUAGAGAUUUCUUUGGAAUAAUUACCAUGGAUAUUAUGUUUGGAAAAUAAGCUUUUUGAAUUUCAGUUUAAGUUUACUA